AAAGGAAUGGAUUAAAAGCCUCCAGUUUCAAGACUACUUUUUUCUGGCAUUGAUAUUGAUAUCAAGAAUAGCACCAUGUCUACUUUCUUGCCUCUUAUAGGGGCCCUCUUGAUUUUUGGCUUUGCUUCAGCAGGGAAGACAAGGUUAACGAGACAACCUGCUGCACUAGCACCCAUCGACUGCUUGCUGAGCCGCUGGAGUGAAUGGGGGCCAUGUAAUUCCUGUGCAAAAGAAAGAUAUCGCUCGAGGAGUGUCGUGAAGUAUGGACAGUUUGGAGGGAAGCCGUGCGUGGAAUCUCUGGGAGACCGACAGAGUUGUGUACCAGACACCCCUUGUCCUGAAGAGGAAGUUGACUGUGGCAAUGACUUCACGUGUGAGAAUGGACAAUGUAUAAAGAGUAGGUUGAUGUGUAAUACAGAAGAUGACUGUGGCGAUGUCAGUGAUGAAGACAACUGCGAAGACAUGCGCCCAGCUCCCUGCCGCGAUCGUAUCAUCGACGUAUCGGAAAUUGGAAGAACAGCUGGACGUGGUCUGAACAUUCUAGGUAUGGAGCCGAAGGGAAGCCCGUUUCACAAUGAGUUUUAUAAUGGAGUCUGCGACAGGGUCCGCGAUGGGAAUAGUGGUAUAUACUAUCGCAAGCCAUGGAAUGUUGCAGUUCUCAAUUAUGAUACCAAAGGAGACAAGAGAUUUACAAGCGAGGACUAUGACGACCAGGUGACAACACUGAAACAUAUGUUCAGCAGCAGGGACCAGACUUUUAAGACGAGCUUAUCUCUAAAAUUGAGUCCAACUGAGGCAAGAGCUGAGGCCGCACCACUUUUGGACACAGGAGAUGUAGCCGCGCUGCCUGCAGAGACAGAAGAUGCAGCGGCACCGCUUCCGGAAGGGGCAGACGCGCCAGCUGCGGAGACGGAAGAUGCAGCCAAAGUCCCUGUUAAGAAAGAAGUAGGAGGGCGUUUGAAAUUCGACUUCACAGCUAGCCGAAGUACCAAUAUAAGUAACUUCUUGGAAGAGUCUAAAGGAAAGAAACAAGUAUUUUUACACGUAAAAGCAAAUCUUGAGCUGGGAAAUUACAUCAUGCGAAGACGCGAUAUCCGCCUGACUGACACGUUCGUCGAUGAUUUAAAAUAUCUGCCCAGUACUUAUGAUAGGGGAGAAUACUUUACGUUUCUGGAAAUGUAUGGAACUCAUUAUGCACACAAGGGAACAGUUGGAGGAAGAUAUGAGCUAGUAUACGUACUGGACCAAGAAACUAUGUCAAAAGAAGGAGUCACCACUGAAGAUGUAAGCAGCUGCCUGGGUUAUAACAUAAACGUUGAUAUAGCUUCUGGAAGUUUUAUUGCUGAACAUAGAAAUAAUGACUGUAAUAAAGGGAGAAGUACACACGGUGAAACCUCAAGCAGCAAGCCAAUUAUCCACGACGUCAUCUCUCUAGUUGAAGGAGGGAAGACCAUUGCUUUAGCUAGGCUGAAGGAAAUGCUGUCAAGGGACGGAAAGGUGAUUGAUGUAGAAGAUUAUGUCCAAUGGGCUGCUACUGUCCCUGACUCUCCCACUGUGAUCAAACAAGACAUCAGUCCAAUUUCUACUCUCGUCCCAUUGAAGAUGCAUGACUCUGAGUUAAAGAAGCGCAAUCUGGAGCAAGCGGUGGAAGACUACGUUGCUGAAUAUAACGUGUGCAAGUGCCAGCCCUGUCAAAAUGGUGGGACUGUAAUUCUGGUGAAUGGGAGGUGCGAAUGCGGAUGCUCCGCCUAUUUCAAGGGAGAGGCCUGCGAAAUCCCCACGUCGACUCUUCGACCAGGUCAGGUAGCCACUGAUGGAAGCUGGAGCUGCUGGUCUAGCUGGUCUUCAUGCGAACAUGGAGAACACGUUCGGACAAGACGGUGUAAUAACCCUGAACGCUCAGCUACAGGCAAGCCAUGCGCAGGAGAAGAGACAGAGGCGGGGCAUUGUUGAUGGAAAACAAUUGGCGAAGACCAGAAACAGGUGUCUGAUGGGAAAGUAACACAGCCUGAACGGCCCUUUGAUCUACACAUCAAGCUUCCUGCUCGCAAAGAGAUUUAAAAGAUAUGCCAGCUGAUCUCAAAGCUCCGGUUACUGCUAUGUUUAAAAUAAAAUAAAGAAAGUUGAA